AUGGCCAAUAUCUAUAUGCAUAGUAGUAGUAGUGCCUAUUCGAUACUUGAGCAGGCCAGAUCGGACUUCUGGAAUAGCAACGCCCACCUCACUGAGGAGCAGCGCCUGGAAGCUUGGUCACACGCGUCAGCCGCCUCCACCUUCCCAAACAAUGCCUUCAGCAACCCCGCCGAGCCAUCGAUGGCGCACCAGAUUCCAAGGACGAUGCCCAUCGGCGUGUUGAACUUGACACAACUACCUAUGGACCGCACCCAGUCCGCUCCGGCCUCCCGUCCCAGAUCGACUACCAGUCCAGAGAGCAUCAAUCUCCAGCGCUCAGCGAGCGAUUUCACCAUCUGGUCAGCAACGUCCAACGAGCCAACCAACGACUACGCCCUCUACUCGGAGCAAUCGAUGCGGAACCAGGCUAGCCUUCAGGCUAUUCCUGAGACUGCGGUUGAGUACACUCCUCGUGACUACAUCAACACUUGCAUUGAGCAGGCUUCAUCGCCCUCAGCCCCCUUUCAGAAUAUGCACGUGCAACUAACCCCCCAGUGGUGUCCAUCGUCAGAUUGCUCCACCUCGCCCAGCACACCUCAGACUGCGCUGAUGACUCCUGUUACUCAAUCUAGUAACUCCAUGAGUCGUCAGAGCAGUCUGAAUACGUCUUUCCUUGAUGAAACUUCUCUGCGCGUUCAGUCUGAUUUGUCUUUUAUGCCUAUCCUCCCAGAGGAUAGCGCACUUUCCUUUCCUUGCUAUGAGUCGAAAUUCGAUUCUAAUUUCCUUGCCUUCACUGGUCCUACGGCCAGUGAAACUGUCGUCUUUCCUGCGUUCUCUGUUCCUACUUCUAUCGCAAGUGUGAACACACUUGCUUCUUCUGGACAACAUCAGACUCGGUCGUACCUGGCGGAGGAUAUGCGGAGGUCGGCUUCUCACUCGAGCGAGAGCGACGCGAGCGACGCCUCAGCGCCGAAUUCAACUUGCUCUCGACAAUCCCGCCGCGAGCGCGAAAUCAACGCCACGGCUGCUUCGCGCCCGCUCGCCCCUAAAGCGAGCGAGCACGAUGCUGCGACCUUGUCUGCGCCAUCCAAUGCUCAGAUGGCACGGAUAAGGUCUGAAGACGGGUCUUCCAAGACUGUAGGCAUCAUCUCCAAGACACCGUACGUGCGCCCGCAACACCCUAAGAUCAUGUGCCAGUACUGCGAAGGGCGGCCCAACGGGUUCCGCGGUACGCAUGAGCUUGAUCGCCACAUUGCGCGUGCACACGCCGUGGUUCGUAAGGGUUAUAUCUGCGUUGCGCCGAGCUUCCAAAAGAACUUCCUCGACAGCUGUAAGCACUGUCGUAACAACAAGGUCUACGGUGCGUACUACAACGCCGCCGCACACCUACGCCGCGCCCACUUCCACCCGCGCAAGCGCGGCCGCAAGGGCAAGAACGACGAGAAGCGCGGGGGCAUCGGCGGCGGCGACCACCCAGCCAUGGACUGGCUGAAGCAGCACUGGAUCCAAGAGAUGGAAGUGCCCAACAACCCGCUCCCCGCCUCGCCCGACAGCGCGUCGGACAGCGCGCCCGAGCCUGAACUCGCCACCCGUCACGGCUACGAGACCAGCGUCGGCGGCGGCGGCGGCGGUGGCUAUGAAACCAGCAGCCUCCCCGCGGCCGAGCCCGAGUACAUGGUCGUCGAGAAAUCCUAUCCCGCUGGCCAACAGCAGCUGCCUCAAAUACCCCUCGACUACGGCCUGAGCGCUAGUAUCCACCCAGUCGACCCUAUCCUGUACGACGACAGCGCGUACAUGCCCUACACCGAGGUCAGCAACUUUGAAUUCGACGCUUAUGCCAUGAAUCCCUAG